AUGUCAGACUCCCCACAACAAACCCAGGAUUUCCAGGCGAUGAUAAACACUGCGGUGGAAGCUUUCAUGGAUGAUCACAAGUUCCGCCUGACAUCCACUCAGGUUAUGGGGAUGACACCGCAAGAUGCGGAUGACAUUACGGGCUCUGAAGCUCCCUCUAAGGACCUCCAAUCCCUUCUGAAACGUCAAAGAGUUGGCCUAACCGUACCACAUGCUCGGACGAAGGGGAAGGCACCUGCUAAACGCAGAAAGUAUACGUCUAGACUGGAAUUACCCCCACCAGUAGUUUCCUCAGAGGAGGAUGAGGCCUACCCCCAGAAUCUGGACAUCAUCGACGAAUGGCGGGCAAAUGCCCUCGAGUCGGAUGAUGAGGAUGACUGGCAAGAUGUUCUCUACUCAGAGUCGAAACACGUCACAGAAUCCUUUGCGGGGGAUUCUUUUUCACAGGACACACAUGGAUCCUUCCCAACGGAAUGUGA